UUAUCUGGUACCCCAUCCCAGGAGCAGGGAGGAAUGGCAGCGCCACGGGACAAGUUGCAGGCCUUGAGGGAUCAGGUAGAUGAAGUCAAAGAAAAGAUGAAGGAGAAUAUGGAACAAGUCAUUGAACGUGGAGAAAAGGGGCUCGACCUGCUCGCCAAGGCAGAGGAAAUGGAAAAAGGGGCUCAGCACUUCCAGCAGACGUCUCAGAAAAUGGCGCGCAGCUACUGGUGGAAGAAUGUCAAGAUGAUCGUGGUCGUCGUGGUGGUCGUCCUCAUCAUCGUGCUCAUCAUCAUCCUGCUGGCCACCGGAGUCAUCCCUGUCAGUGGGCCAAUGCCUUCUAUAGUCACUCCUGUCGUCAAGCCAGACACACACACACACACACACACACACACACACACUCAGUGUUGCUGCUGCUGUGAAGCAGCUGUGAAGCAGCAGAAGUCACCGAAGAGAAGAUCGAGGGCACUGAGAGAAAACAAGCACAGCUGUGGGAGGCGCAAGAGCUCCACACCCACAACAUAUGACUUUGAUAUUUUGAUUCAAUAA